AUGCCGGGGAAGAGGAGUAGAACCUCUCUCUUUGCACUAGCCUCGUUGGCGAUCGCCCAUGAGAUCUGUGCCUUCGCUGACCAUGGAAGCUUUGGAUUGGUGAUCCAAUCACAUGCGAACCUAGCACUGCGAGGAGGCUCAGACUCGAAUCCGAAGGCGACGAAGGUCACUUUGGACGAGACCAGAUUGCAGAAGAUGCUGGGAACGCCCUACACUCUAGACAUGAGCAGAGAUCAAGACAGACAGAUGGUGAUCAAAUUCAUCAAACAGCAUCGACUGGGAGGAGGAGAGUUCAAUGCUGUGGUCCUCAACGGUGUAGAGUACAAUCUUCCAGGGACAAACACUCUUGUGAGUGAAAAGGAGAACGAUCACUUCAAGGAUAUGAAGGGAAUGGGACAGAGUGCAAAGGGCGAGAAGAAGCCUUUGAAGAACACAGCAGCAGACAUCCUUCGGUCCAAGACCAACUAUCGCGGGUUGGAAUACUCAGAGGCAGAGUUGGCCAAGUUGCCGAAAGCCGAAGCAGAGUACAGGAGGGAGCUCAUGGCGCGUUCGAAAGAGGAAUCGAAAAUGGAGAUGGGGUUUGAAGGGAUCCUACAAGGAGGCGCUACUGUUUUCCAGGACAUCAUGCAAAGAUUCCGUAAAGACGACCAAUCGGCCGGCGCGAGCAAUUUUGAAGACCAGCUACCAACCAAAGGGAUCCUGCAGUUUCGAUUCAAAGCAAAAGAAUCGAAACUGACGGCUGUAAGUGACAAGGCGAUCGAGAAACCUCAAUGGGCCUCGCUCAGGACUGCAGCCGUUAGCAGAAAGGCUUCUCAGGAGGAUGACAAGGUCAAGCAGCCUUCAACGCUUGAGAGCGUUGCGGCAAAGUUCUCAAUGAGAUACGCUCUGACCCUCUGCUUUCAAAUCAUCUGGCAAGUCUUGGAGAUAGCCUUGAGUAUUGUCUCUGCCCUCAAGAACGGCAUUCUUUCACUAUUCCGGGGUCAAUCGCAUCAGUUGAAGGAGAUGCGGCAGGCGCGGGCUACGAUUGUGAAAUAG